GAUCGAAGAUGCCCAGGACCCCUUCAUCGACAGAGUUCAAGAGGUCAGGUUCGUCUGGGCUCGGGUUGAAGCUGCCCCCCAGUAUCGAGGAUACGCACAUCGACAUGAGCAUCGAGAAGGGCACGCCUGAGUAUUGGAUCAUACGGAUGCCCCUUCGACAAGUGGCCGCGGGCUCCAAGCUCGGCAGCCAGUACAACCAAGCGAGGCUACUGUACAACAAACUUCCACCAGGAGAUGAUCGGAAUCGACUGGGUGCGCAUAUGGGGCUCUACGAUAAGGCAAUGCAAUUUGUCCCAGGCGCCAUGGAGAAGCUCAGCGACUCCGAGUUCGAGUUGUACUGCCAGGAGUUCGAUAAGGCAGGCGUGAUCUUCCUACCAGUGACCCACAUGGAGAUCUUUCGCAGGUCGGCCAAACCAUUGUGGGAAGCAUUCGAGAAGGACCCGACGUCACCUCAUAGCCACCACCAGCUCCAGAAGGUUCUCCGCAUGACGCAGAUCUGGACUGUCGAGAGUGAGCAGGCCAGCCCCUUCUCGUGGAAGAAGCCAGCUCUCGCAGAUAUCAGCUUCAACGUGGCCUCCGACAUGGGUGAUGCGUUCCUCAGCAUGGUCUUCGGCGAGCGCAUCGUCGCUUGGAUUGGGGCGGGGGAGAGCAAGGAGGUGCUGAUCAGCGAGUUCGCGCUGGUCGCAGCAAAGGCUUGGGAUUUGCCAGACGAUGCAGUCAUUGAGAAUACGUCUGCUCAGCUGUUGGUAGAUGCGACUCGCGUCAUCAGAGUCUUGAGGUACAUCAGCGACCAGAACAUCACCCACGAGACUGACGUAGCUGUCUUCGAUGACGUGGCGGCCUUGGAGGAGGCAGCCUACAAGACGACAAAGAAGAAGAACCUCAUGAUCAUGGUGGGGGCUGCCGUGCACGAGAAUACCAUGUGGAAGGCGCGUUUGCAGAUUGCCGCGAGGAGGAACGAUCAAAUGAAGAUGCACGCCCCGAAAAUCACGAAGCUGUUGACGGACCUUCGCGCGCAUGAGGUGCCCACCCCGACGAAGGAGCUGCAUGACCUGAUCAAAUCGUCUCUCGAUGACCUGCCCUACUUGCGCACCGCUUUGGUGGAGGGCGCCGCUGACGAGCUUGAGAGCGUGACGGUGGACACGUUGCACAAGGCACUUGGGAAGUGGACUGACACGGGCCCUGAGGCCGCUGCGGUUGCGCCGAGCACCACGGAGGAUAAUGAGUUGUUGGUCUCUUUCAGGAGGUUGGCAGUCGCUGGAUCUGAGCAGCGCCCAGCCUACGAGAACUUGAAGCGAGACAUUGACAGCCUGAACCGGAUCAUCGGCAACGUCGCUGCCGUUGCCAAGAUAGGCAACAUCAAGGUGUUCAUCGCCCGUGCCAACGCCGACGAAAAGAUCAGCAUCAAAGACUUCAAGGAGCUGGCGGGCGGUGUGAAUGCAGAUUUGUUGACUCCAGCUGACCACGCCCACAUGCUGGCCACGUUCGCUGCCCACAUCUCCCAACUUGUGAAGAAUGACUUCCAGCCUGCGUCGAAUCGCGAGCCUCCCGAUGCGAACUUGGACUUUGAGGAGGUGGUGUCCACGUUCGUCGCCAAGGACGUCAAGAAGGAUGUGGCCACGUUCCUUGCAUCCGCGAGGGCAGUGCUCAAGUUGCAGCGCUCGUACCUUGCCCUGAAUGCGAAGGUGGUCGACAACAACGACGAGCUUGCUGCAGAUGGCCCUGAGAGGCAGGCCGCGCACGUGAAGAAGGAGCUGGCCAAGACCAUCAAACAGUUGAAAGCACCGCUCUCCGACGUGAUCCAGCCAGGCUUGGCAUUGCACUUUUCCGACACGGCCCAUGAGGUGUUGGCAAAUGCUAAGGGCCGCUACAUGGACGUGGCCUUGUCGUGCCUGGAGAAGCGUGCGUCAAUUUUGAAGGAGAGCAUUGAUGUCGCGAAGAAGCACAGCACGGAGAAUGCUCAGCUGGGCCAUUGGAUUACCAGGUCAACGUCCGAGUGGCACGAGAUCAAGGACCUGGCGAAGGAGCACAUCGAGACCUUCGACGGGGACAUCAUCAUCGAGAAGGUGAUUCAGGUCGAGCAG